AUGGAUUUUGUGUUGUUGAUAUUUUUAUCUGGGGUUUUCCUUUCAGACAUUAGCAAUCUGCAGUCUACUGCAGAACAGGACAGUGAUGAGGUAAUACCUUCGUAUGAAGAACAGUAUUACUCAGACGAAACUACCACAGCUAAUAAUGUCCCUGUUCGUGAAGAAGACAAACCUGUUGUGCAAAAACCAGAAGUGAAUGAAGUUGAAGCUCCUGCCAAUGAGAAAACUGGCAAUUACUAUAAAGAUAUAAAACAAUAUGUGUUUACCACCCACAGUACAUUUGGCUCGGAAUCGGAACUGUCUGUGACUGCCACAACUGAAGUUUCUUUUUUGAGGGAGGGAUCAACUCCCAAUGUGCCUGCAUUUUGGACAAUGUUAGCUAAAGCUAUAACUGGAAACGCACAGCCCUUCGAUGAGAAAGACCAAUUGUUUAGAGCAGUUCCAAGCUCUGAUUUCAACACUACCAACGGAGACAAACUGUCAGAGCUAGAGGAAAUCAAGCUCAAAUUAAUGCUGGGGAUCUCAUUGCUGACCCUUAUCCUCUUAAUUCCCCUCUUGAUAUUUUGUUGUGCCACACUCUGCAAACUAAGACAACUAAGUGAAAAAAAUUAUGAUAAUCAAUACUCCAUCAACCCAGAGCUGGCAAAUCUGUCUUACUUCCAUCCAUCAGAAGGUGUAUCAGACACAUCUUUUUCAAAAAGUGCAGAGAGCAGCUUAUAUUGGGGCAAUGCUCCUUCAGACAUGAGACGCCCAAGUACCAGAAGGUCAAGAUCUAAAUCUAUGGAUUUUUCUUCAAGCUACAAUCAAGGAACCUUAAAUGAGGAGGAGAUGAGUGAGCAAACUUUCAACGAGAAUGAUGAAUAUACUGAGUCAGGCAUGGUUGAGGAGGAAGCACAAUCGCUGAGUAAAUAACUUUAAUUCUUUAGUUUUAAAAAGAAAUCUUGUGUCUCACACAAAUGUCCUAAUUUUCAAACUGCAAAUUUCAGAGACAUCUAAGUUUUCUGAUGCCCUAAGGACAUAUUCAAUAAAAACUAUCACAGUUAUUAUUUGUUACAAGAAUUAUUUAAAAGAAAAUGUACAAGGAGAUAAUUUAUGGGAACUCAUCAAAUAAAACCAAUUCUCGAGACCAGGUUAUGAAAGGUAUCCAUGACUGGAGGUAGCUCAGGAUAGACCACUUGUGUAGCGUGCCCAAGAACUCCUUGGAGCCAUCAGUCCAUCCAUCAGUCCAUCCAUCCUUUGAUCAAUAAAAAGUCAUACUAAGAUAGUUUAUCUUUAAAUGAGGGCCUUUAUCUGUGCCUGGCUACU